GUUUUUGGGUGCGCCCCCGGACGGUGCCCCAGCAGCAUCAAAGCAAUGCAAACCUUAGGCCCUUGCGCUCAUCAUGACAUCACUGCGCAUGACAUCACUACCAGGGUAGGCCGGGUAGGCCGUUUUCUCGCCACUCAUGGAGGGCUCGAAGAAGCCGCGCCGCGCCACGCGGCCCUGGAUCACCCUGCGGAACGACGCGGCGGCCGUGGCGAUCGACGCCGCGGGCGGGUCGAUCGCGUCCUUCGUGCUGGGCGAUGGGGUGAACCCCUUGAGCUGGGACUCGGCCGUGCACGAUCAGCAAGAUGUGGAGAAAACGGCUCCCAGGCCGCUGGGGCAUUUUUUAUGCCUGGAUCGUUGGGGUCCGCCCUCCGUGGCGGAGGAGGCGCAGGGGAUGCCCUACCAUGGGGAGGCCUCCAGUCGGCACUGGCACGUCGUGGAGUUGGACUCGCCUGUGGUGCGUUUGGAGGCCCAGCUGCCCAUGGCUGGCCUGGCCGUCGAACGGCGCCUGGAACUGGUGAAAUGCCAGGCGGCGCGACGGGCCGUCGACGCGCCGCAGGGCGGCGCUGCGGUGCUGGCGGCGGUGUUGAAGGUGCAGGAUGAGGUGAAAAACAUCAACCAGCUGGGGCGGAUCUUCAACAUGGUCCAACAUCCCAGCAUCGCCGCGCCCUUUCUUUCUGCGGAGACCCGCGUGGACUGCAAUGGGAAGCGGGGCUUCACGCAGGGGCCGCGCGGCUGCGCGGAGGUCCUGUGGCAUGCUCCGCGGGAGUUUCCGGCGGCCGUGACGGCCCGUGACGGCGUGCGAGAUGCGCACGGGAUGACGGGAGGUGCUGAUGAUGUCUUCAGCUAUGAAGUGGAUCCGAAGGAGACCUAUGGCUGGGUUUGCGCCUCUACCCCGAGUCAAGGACUUUUGCUUGGCUAUGUGUGGCCGCGCGCGGAGUACCCCUGGGUCUCGCUUUGGUGCUCCUCCGAGGUUGACGGUGACCAGCGUCCAAGGGCGCGAGGGCUCGAGUUUGGCACCACGGGACUUCAUCAGCCCUUUCCCAUCCUGACGAAGCAUCCCAGGAUUUUCGACUUACCCACCUUUGAGCACCUGGAUGCUGCGCCCUCCUCCACACGGAAGUCCUUCUGCAGCUUCCUCCUCUCCAUCCCGUCGCACUUCCGCGGCGUGCAGCGCGUGGAGCUCGUGGCAGCCGCGGCGGCGGCUCCCGCGCGGAAGCUGCGGAUCUGGGAGAAGGACACGGGCAGCUCGGUGGAGAUUGCGGCCGAGACGGAGCUCCUGUGAGGACCCGGGUAGCGACCGGGGAGAGAGGCAACAAAAAGAACCGAAGGUGUAGUGUAGAGUGGAAGGUGAAAAAGACUUCAUUUGUUCUGGCGCUGCUAACGCCUUGUUUCAUGUUGCGGAAUGUUGCUUGCCAGCGGAGGCGGGUUCAUAUUGUAUUGGAGGAAGUGUACAUACAGGCUGUCGUGCUGACAGCCCAGGGUCACUGUCGCCCGCGCGAAAAAGACGAUACCGCCCGAG